AGAUGGAAAGCUCAGAGCGGUAAUGGAGAGCAGUGUCCUGGUCCUGACACACCCUCAACCAUGGCGAAGACCCAGAUACUCCCUUCACUCUCUUUUCCAAAACCCACCUUCUCCUUCCUCUCAUUUACUUCGCUCUUACACUACUUGCUACCGCCGCUGGGAUUCCAAUGCCGAAACCAUUCGCUCCAAAACAUUCGGUUUUAGCUUCAGAGACAAACGAAACCAAGAUGAAUAUGAAGAAGAAGAAGAUGACUACGAGGAAGAAGAGGAUUAUGGUUACGGUACAAGUAAAGGGAAGAAGAAGAAGAGAAGGAGGUGGUGGUCAGAUGGGCCCUCUGAAAUGGAGGAAGGCCCUUCUGGGGUCUUGGAGGAAGCCAUUGACAGUGUCUGGAUUUUCAAGGUGUUCAAAUCUUAUGGUUGGGCAUUUCCAUUUAUUAUCAUAUCUCUGCUGCUAUCUUCGGGUCCAAAAGCAUUCCUCAUGGCAUUAGCACUUCCCCUUGGUCAGUCCGCCCUUUCACUGGCAUUUGAGAAGUUAUGGGGAAGGACAGAAAGAAGGCCAAGACGCAAGUCCAGGAUGAGAAGGAAACCAUCUGCCACCAGUGAAGCUAGUGUUAAAAUGGACGAAGAAGAAACCUAUAAUGAAGAUCAGGAAACUGAUAACAAAAAGAUGGACUACCAAUCUUGGGUAGUUGGGAAUGAUGUUUCAGUUGGUAAUAGUGGUGAAAUGUCAAGUUUGGGUGGAUGGGAUGAUCUUGAAAGAAUGCAAUUUGAAAGGAGGAAAUCUCGAAGAAAGUCUAGAGGGAAGGGAAAGUUGAGUCGGAGAGAAAGAAAUAGUGACACACCUCUUCUGCUGAGGUUGUUGAUUGCAGUUUUCCCUUUUUUGGGUUCAUGGACAAAGAUAUUUUGGUAA